GAAGAAUUGAGAGAGAAGUGGCAGAGACUGCUAAGAAAUGGAACAGUAUCCGAUUUGAAAAACUUCCAAAUAUUUUUGAAUGAUGAAGCUGUUAUUUUAGAGGCUACUAAAUCCACUGAUUUAUUGGGAUCAUCUACAUCGUCAGAAGCCUCCUCACGUAAGCAGUUUGGGAAAUCGAAACCAACUAUGGGAAAUUACAAGGCUUCAGCUAUGAUUGUUAAAUCGAAAUCGGGCGAGCUGAAAUGUAUUGAAUGUAAUAAUUCUCAUGAACUGGAAAAUUGUGAAGUGUUCUUGAAUCUCAAACCAUCUGAUAGAUUAAAACGUGUAAAAGAAUGGAAACUAUGUAUCGGCUGUUUAUUGGCAGGGCACUUUAUUAGAGAUUGUAGAAGAAGGAAGCCGUGCAGUCACUGUAAUUCGCGUCAUCACUCGCUCCUCCAUUUAGAGCCGAGACAGCCGCCUGUCGAAAACACCAACACAUUGGCCGGUAAUAAACAAAUGAGCAGGGUAGACGUGCACGACGUCGCUGAUCAAAGCCAUCAGACAUUUGUUACUGACUCAGCGAAGAAAGUAUUUUCGAACGUAAAUAGUUCCUCAGUAUUGUUACCAACUGUUAAAUUGGGAGUUCGAGGUAAUCAAGGCAAUUAUCAUAAGGUCAAAGUAUUAUUAGAUAGUGCAAGCACCGAGUCAUUCAUUACAAGGCGAUGCAUGAAAAAACUGGGUUUAGUGGUACAGAAAACACAUAGUUUGCCAAUCUAUGGAUUAUCUGAUACUAAACUGGAAGUGACAGAUGAAAUUACUAACUGUGAAUUUGAAAUACCGAACUCCCCUUCAUUAAAAAUUACUGUGUCGGGAGUCAACAAAAUAGCAGCUACAAAUCAGAUAAAAAAUGCGUACUGGGCACAUAUUGAAGGACUGGAGCUAGCAGAUUCUGAAUUUUUCCUCUCAGAGGAGGUUGAUAUUUUAUUGGGUGCUGAAUACUUCCCCUUCAUUCUGACUGGAAGAAAGGUGAUUGGUCCAGCGGGUACACCAUCUGCCCUAGAAACAGUAUGGGGCUACUGCCUGAUGGGUAAGGUAUCAGAGGAGAGUUCUACUAUCUCAAAUAAUCUGUGCAUGUAUUCCAAUGCUAAUUCAGAAGAGUUGGUGAAGCGAUUUUGGGUCGUAGAAGAGCCACCUAGGACAAAAAAAUUAUUGGAAAGUGAAAUGGCUUGUGAGGAGAUAUACAAAUCAACUGUUUGUCGUUUGAAUACUGGUAGAUACAUUGUAGAAUUACCAUCCAAGGAAACAAAUACGAGGGAGAUAUCGGGAUAUCUUGAAGUUAAAACUAAUGUCGGAGAAAAUGUUACCAUGAUUCGAGAAGAAGAAUUGGGAGAUAAUUUAGAAGAAGUUCCAGGUAAACAAGGUAUAGCCUUCAACAGUUAUUUACCGAUCAACGGUAAUUUAGGGAAAGAGUUAAAAGUGAUUCAUAGUCCACAUGAAAUCAAACCAAUGGGAAGACCCAUACUGAAAAAGGAAAUUGGAGAAGAUGUUUUUGAAAGGGAGAAACGAAAUUUGGAAGAGUUAGAUGAUGAUAGACAGGAUAAUGUUGAAAUAAAAUGGACAAAAUCCGAAAAGGGAGAAGAAAUGAAAGAGUAUACUCUAACAACUAUGUCGUAUGGUGUAUCAUCAUCGCCAUUUCUUGCCAUUUGUACUACGCAUCAGUGUAUUGAAGUUCAAAAAGUGCUUUCAAAAAUUAUAAACAUAGAUUAUAUUGCAGCUUGGACUUAUUCAACUGUGGCAGUGAGUUGGAUUCAGUCUUCACCUCAUCGUUGGGCUAGGUUUGUGGCAAAUCGUGUAAGUCAAGUACAGGAACACCUGUCUACAGAGCAAUUCAGAUAUGUGUCAACCGAAUGUAAUCCAGCUGAUUGUGCUAGUCGAGGACUAUUUCUCAAUGAAUUAAUUGGUAAUUCUCUGUGGUGGAAUGGGUCUGAUUGGUUAGACAAACCACUGGAGUGCUGGCCACACCAAACCCACGGUAAUGAUGAUGAAAAUUCCAUACAGAUUGAAUUGGAAGCAAGAAAAAUUACACUAGCAACACAGAGUAAAGACUCAGAGGAAUCAAUUCAAUCGGUGAAAUUGAGAAAUCGAUGGAGUUUACUCAAAAGAAUUGUAUCCUCAUUCUGGAAACGUUGGCAAUUGGAGUAUGUAUCUAGUUUGCAAACCCGAACAAAAUGGUACAGAAAACAUAGUAAUGUUAACAUUGGACGUAUGGCUCUCUUAAAGGAAAGUAACCUACUCCCUCUUCACUGGAGACUUGGUCGAAUAACGAAGAUAUUCCUUGAACAGGAUGGAAUUGUGAGAGUGGUGGAGGUACAGACUGCAAAAGGAAGUCUCACCAGUCUGUCAAUAGGGUAUGUCUCCUCCCUAUUGAUGAAGAUUAGGCCUUAUUGAAGGGAACUUCAAUAAGUUUUAGUGGUUAGUUUUUUUGUUUCUCGUUUUAUGUGUGGGAAAGGUUCCCAAGUUGCUUUGUUUCUUGUUUUUAUUCUAUAUUAGCUGUAUAUAGUCAUUUAUUUCUCGUCCCAUCCUCUCCUUUCCGUGGGCCUCCUACUCCUUUUUUUUAAGUCUCCUCAAGGGCCCCUGAGGAGUGAAGAUAUUUUCCUUUUUUUCCCUAGUCUCCCUAGUAGGGUUCGUUAUAGGUGGUUUUUUGUUUUUUGUUAUUGGAAGUUCUUCCAAGGUGGGCGGAAUGUUCGGACGUUAUAUGAAUGUUCCCCUUUGUCUGGCGUUGUGUGGUGGAGGGGGCAAUUAUAUGGUGAUGCGCAAAGCAAAAUUGUGGCCAGUUGCCGUUUGCCAGCCAACCGAACAGCUCACUUCUCGUAAUGUCGAUUUUUUGCAAAGUGAUUUAUUGAUUUAUUGUGAUUUAUUACAAGUGUCGUCUCGUCUCAUAUCGUGAUCUGGACCCGGGAUCCUGGAAGCAAGGAGGAUUUGGACAUGAAGAGACAUUAUCACCCUGUUGUAUGCAAAAUUUCUGACCAUCUAAUAAAAAACUUGCCUACAACCGGUGAGGGGACUCUAGCACCAGAGAUUGGUAAAU